ACGCUUGGAAAUUAUUAUUAAUUAUAUCACUUUUUGACGUGCUGUAGUAAAUUUGGAAUAAUUUCAAUAAAAGGCAAUACAAAUUUUACAAUUUUUCAUCACAAUUUACUUGUAUUACACAGCUCGCAAAUUUAAAAUGUAUUUCGUGUGUUUUGUACCGUUUCAUGUUAGGGGUUGAUUGAAGAUGCUUCGUGCAAAUAAAUAGUCGACCGUGUUUUGAUAUAACCUAGCUAUAUACUUUAUUUUAUUUUUAUAAAACUCUUAUAAAUCAAGACAGAAAAUACAGCGUAAGUCACGGCACAUAGCCUUCAACAAAUUAGUUUAGCUGAUCAGAUGUGCACACGUACCUAAAUUUCUCUCGAUAUAGUUUGAUAUAUCAACAAACAGUCGUACGCAUAAAUUUAUCGAUAUAUUACAGUUGCACUUCGAUUAAGGCCGAUUGGAGCUCUUACUAUGCAUUUAAAACGAAAUCAAUCUGAAAUAAUAAUUUCAUAAUAAUUUUUAUAAUAAUAAUUUUUUAACAUAAAUCAUUAAAAAAAUACAAUUCUAUUAUUUUUACUAUUAUUGGAAGAAUUCUACUAAAUUAUAACUAAAUGGGAUGAAAUGUUGAAAUUUAGUUAACAUUUGCUUAUAUUUUUUCCGUGUAUUUGUCAUUUUAUUUUCAACGCUUGUUAGUUCGCCCGCACUGGCGAAAAUUUUUGUUGAGGCAGCAAGUAUUGAUGUUCGCUACAAUGGCCGCGGUGCGCAGUGAGCAUUGGCGAAUGCUGCUUGUGAAAAUGAGAUGCAUAUAGUUUUUUGCAGUCUUCGCUGUAAAUUGUGCUGUGGUGAAGGAAGAUUUGUAGUGUACGCGUUUAUUUUGGUUGCUGGUUGCUGGUCGCUGGUAUUAAAGUGUAGUAGCGUUUUGUGUAUUGGUGUGUAAUUUUCUAGCUCUGUAAGGAGUAUUGACUACAAAAUGAAAAAUAAAAGUAAAUCUGGUUCCAAAACUGAGUUCUUAGAAGUAAAUUGUGUGAAAUUAAUUCAGUUAGUACGUAGCAAUGAAGUUCUUUAUAAAAGUGACAAUAGCUUGUACAACGAUAAAAUUUAUAGAGAAAAAGUAUGGGAACGUAUCUAUGCUACUUUGUUUCCAAAAUAUUCUUCAAUGGACGAAAAAACGAAGGAAAUUGUUGGAUCAAGCGUACGAAGACGUUGGAAGACGUUGCGAGAUUCAAUAGCACGCGAAGUUAAAAAGAACGCAACGGUUGAAAAUUAUAUACGUAAAAAGGAGAGUCCAAUUAUUGCUGAAUUAGAGUUCCUUAUACCACACAUUAAGAGUUCACAUUGUGCCAGACUUGCUGAAGAGCUUGGUUUACGAGAUACUGCUAAUUAUUCGUAUGAAACCGAAGAUCCCGAAGAUGAAGAGUCAAGUAGACUAAUUGACCUAACUGAGGAUUAUGACAUUAAACCAGAUAUUAAAAUGGAUGCAUCGUAUGAAGCAUUUGGUAAUAGUGUAGAUGAAUCCACUGAUAUAUAUCUCGCAGAUGCACUUAUACCUGCAGUUCAAAUGAAUGUAUCAGAUGCUAUUUUUAAGGAAUCAACAAAUAAAGACUUAGACCAAUCACAAAAUACAGUCAGUUCAAAUAUAAAUACGACGAUUUCUUCACCAGUAAUAUGUAGUAAUCCUACUUCAAGCCAAAGUGUCUUAAACAGUUGGAACACCGAAUACUGCGCUGUAGCGCAGUAUAAAGAAGGUGAAUUUAUGAAUUCCACGGUACUUUGUCCUAGCCCCAUAAAUGAAGAAAAACACGUUGACGAUAAUAAAACUUCAGUACAACAGAAGAAACGUCCUCGGUUGGAACAUGAAGAAUCAACGGAACUACAAGCAAAGAUUUUACAGUUGCUUACCAAUUUAGAGCGCAGAGAAAUGAACGAACAGCGAGCAGAAAAAGACAAUCAAGAUGAAGAUCGGAUGUUUUUACUCUCUUUGGUUUCAGACAUAAAACGAGUGCCUCCCUCAAAAAAAAUGUUGAUUAAAGCUGAAAUUGUUACAGCUAUUGCACGUGCCAUUCCAUAGAAAUGUAUUUUUAAUUUCUUAAGAUAACUAUUAGAAACCCAGCACCAAAUAUAUAUAUUUUAUAACCAA